CAUAAUAGAAGGCUUUUGAGUAAGGGAGUGACAUGGGUAGAGCUUUGUUUGUAUUAGGAAGAUAAUUUGAGUGGUUACGAAAUGGAUGUGUUAGUAAGGGGAGAUGUUGGAAGCAGAGACACUAAAUAGGAGGAUGUUGAUAGGACCUGGGUCGGGGUUUUAGUGAAUGAUGGUCUGAACUAGGAUCACAGGAGAGGGGAAUCAAGAGAAGGAAUAGAUUUGAGAGCUGAGCACCUAGUUGGAUGUAGGAGCAUUGGAGGAGUGAGGAAGAGGAAGGGUCAGAGAUGGCUCUUUAAGCCUCGGGGACUUGAUGGACAGUAAUGCCGUGACCAGAAAUGGGGGAGUUGGGUGGAAAGACAGUGAGUUCUAUUUUGGGCCCGUCCCACCUGAGGUGCUAACGAGCAGGCUAUUCCACUGGAGAUUUCCAGAAGACAGGUGGAGAGAUGAGACCGGGUCAAGGAAGAGAGCAGGUCUGGAUGAAUAGAUUUGGGAGUCAUCUGUACACAGGUGAUAAUUGAAACCAUGGGAAUGAAUGACAUCAUCAAGAGAGAGAGAGAGUAUACAGAGAGAAGAGUACAGGACCCAGGCAGAGCUUUUGGGGGAUACUCACUCUUAAAGAGUGAGAGAAGGAUCAUGAAUGAAUGAAGAAGAGUGGUCAUCCAGCCUCCUCUAGGAAGUAGGACCCCCUAGAACAAUGAAGAGUGUAGCCAAAUCCUGGGGCACAACAGUAAAACAAGGGACCCAUGGGAUUGAGCGGGGACGCCCCAUUCCUCCAGCUACUUCUGGCAUGAAGACUUCCAAAUCUUCUACAUCACUCUCUUUUGAGUCUAGACUCAGCAAGCUAAAGAGGGCCAGUAGCGAUGAUAUGCUCACUAAACCAGGCAGCGCUAACCCCUCUGGAGUCGUCAGGAUGAAGAAAACAGCAACUUCCGGUGCCAUCUCAGAGCUUGCAGAGAACCGGUUAAAGAGCUGCGUAGGAACAAUUUCAUCCACCAAGCGGACGGGGAUUCCGGCUCCUCGAGAACUUGCGGCACCCAUCUCGAGAGAGAGGACGGCCCUUCGAGCUCCCGCCAGCACCAAGAAACCAAUCCCCAGUCCGAUAUCUUCCUGUGCCCCCACUCCUACUAAGCACUUAAGAGGCACCAAUAAAUCCAAGCAGGAGAAUGAAGCCGGGGACAAGGCAUUGCUGGAAUCCCAGGUCCGGGAGCUCCUGGCAGAAGCCAAGACGAAAGAUUUCGAAAUCAGCAGGCUCCGGAGCGAACUCAAGAAAUUCAAAGACAAAGGUUCCCCCAAUGCCGCCGAGGGGCCCGACGCUUGUGACCAGAAUGGCGACGGGCUGUCACCGCCCCCUGGGGACCUGGAUCCCUUGAUAAGAACUCUUCAAGAGAAGAACAAAAAUUUCCAAAAAGAGCUGAUCGAUCUCGGGGAGGAGAACCGGGCUCUCAAAGAAAAGCUGGCCUGCAUGGAGCACUCCCCCAGCUCGGAGGCGCCCACCAGCAAUGACGGGGACAGCAGCCUGCCCACCCCCACGACGCAGGAGUCGAGCUUCGGAAGCCCCACCAGGAACCAGCUGUCGGGGGAGAUGGAGGACUACAAGCAGCCCCUGAGCGGGAACGCGCUCCGGACCUCGGGCUCCUCGAGCAGCGACGUGACCAAAGCCUCCCUGUCCCCCGACGCUUCCGAUUUCGAGCACAUAGCGGAGGCCCCUUCCAGGCCCUUGUCGUCGGGCAGCAACCCCUUCAAGAGCCCCCGGUGCUCCACGGGGGGCAGCUCCCCCAACAACAUCAGCGAGCUGUCGGUGGCCUCCCUCACGGAGAAAAUCCAGAAGAUGGAGGAGAACCACCACAGCACCACGGAGGAGCUGCAGGCCACGCUGCAGGAGCUGUCGGACCAGCAGCAGAUGGUCCAGGAGCUGACGGCCGAGAACGAGAAGCUGGCGGACGAGAAGAGCCUCCUGGAGACGUCCUUCCACCAGCACCGGGAGCGCGCCGAGCAGCUGAGCCAGGAGAACGAGAAGCUGAUGAGCCUCCUGCAGGAGCGGGCGCAGGAGGAGGAGGCCGGCGGCCAGGACGACAAGGUCCUGGAGCUGGAGCAGAAGUGCACCGAGAUCCUGGAGAACGCCCAGUUCGAGAGGGAGAAGCUCCUCAACAUCCAGCAGCAGCUGACCUGCAGCUUGCGCAAGAUCGAGGGGGAGAACCAGGGGGCGGCCGAGGUGAUCAAGCACCUCAAGGAGGAGAACUCGCAGCUGAGCGGCCUCCUGGAGCGGGAGCGGCACAACAGCAGCGCGGCCGCCAAGGCCCUGGACGACUGCCGGGUCAGCCUGGAGGGGCUCAAGAUCGAGAACGCGGCGCUGAAGGUCCAGCUGGAGAGCGAGAAGCAGAAGGCGGUGGAGCUGGGCGCCGCGGGCCACGCCCGGGACACGUCCGAGGUGCAGGACAAGCUCAAGGUGGCCCGGGCCGAGAAGGACCAGCUGGAGCUGUCCUGCAUGGAGCUCAAGCAGGAGCUGCUCAAGGCCAACAGCGAGAUCCAGCACAUCCAGGGCAUGCUGGCCAAGGUGGAGAAGGAAUGCGGUUACCUGAAAGAGGUAUGUGACCGGCAGGCCGAGCAGCUGACGACCAGCUUGCAGCUGCAAGAGAAAGCCUCAGAGAGUGACGCUGAGAUCAAGGACAUGAAGGAGACCAUCUUUGAGCUGGAAGAUCAGGUGGAGCAGCACCGAGCGGUUAAACUGCACAAUAACCAGCUGAUUAGUGAACUCGAAAGUAACGUGAUGAAGCUUGAGGAACAGAAGCUGGAUCUGGAGCGGCAGCUCAAGGCUCUCACGAAGCAGAUAAAGGAGGAGACGGAAGAAUGGAGGCGUUUCCAAGCGGACCUCCAGACGGCCGUGGUGGUGGCCAACGAUAUCAAGUGCGAGGCGCAGCAGGAGCUCCGUUCGGUCAAGCGGAAGCUGCUGGAGGAAGAGGAGAAGAACGCGAAGCUGCAGAAGGAGUUGGGGGCCGUGCAGGGGAACAGCAGGCCCGUAAGUGAAGAGCCAGAUUCCUCAGAAAUGGAUGCCCCCAGCCGCUGGCAAGGGGUCUGUGUGAGCAGAGCUUCCCCAACCCCUUCCGAGUCAGCCGCUACCGUUAAGUCGCUGAUCAAGUCCUUUGACUUGGGAUGCUCAGGUGGCUCCGGGCAGAGCGUCUCUGUGCACAAGACCCCUCGGAGUCCCCUCAGUGGAAUUCCAGUGAGAACGGCACCGGCAGCCGCGGUCUCCCCCAUCCAGCGACAUUCUACCUAUAGCAGCAUGAGGGCAGCCGGCAAGGGGAUGACCAAGCUCUCGGACCUGCCCGACCUUCCGCUCUCAGACAUCCUGAAGGGAAGAAACGAGGACCUGAAACCCGACCAUUACCUCCGUAAGAGCCCUUCGCUCGAGUCCCUGAGCAGACCCCCUUCACUGGGCUUCAGUCAUGCCAGAUUGCUGACGCCUACCCCUGGGGGCUUGAAACCACAGAGCAAACUCAGUGUGGAAAGAAAGGAUCCACUGGCUGCUCUGGCCCGGGAAUAUGGUGGUUCCAAGCGGAAUGCCUUGCUGAAAUGGUGUCAGAAGAAAACAGAAGGCUAUCCGAACAUCGAUAUCACCAAUUUCAGCAGCAGCUGGAGCGACGGCCUGGCCUUCUGCGCGCUCCUUCACACCUACUUGCCGGCGCACAUUCCCUACCAGGAACUGAACAGCCAGGAGAAGAAAAGGAAUCUCUUACUGGCUUUCCAAGCUGCAGAGAGUGUCGGCAUUACCCCCAGCCUGGAACUCAGCGAGAUGCUUUACACGGAUCGUCCCGACUGGCAGAGCGUCAUGCAGUACGUGGCCCAGAUCUACAAGUACUUUGAGACCUAGACCCAUCAGGAGGAGAGAGAUGGAGGAGGAGGAGGAGGAGGUAGAGGAGGAAGAGGAGGAGAAGAAGGAGAAGGAGGAGGAGAAGAAAAAGGAAGAGGAGGAGGAAGAGGAGAAGGACCAAGGAAAAGGGAACGCCACAGAAGCACUCGAUCACUUUAUAAAGGAAACAAAAAAAGAAAAUUCUCCAUCCUGUUCCACCAACCAACCAAGCUCCUGGUUCUGAAGCAAGAUUCUUUGGUGGUCCAGAAGGAACUGCAGAGAGAGUGAGACAGUGGCCAGCUACACCCGCCCUUCCACAGCAUCGACACACGGGCCCUCCCCCACGCCUGCACACAUGUGUCACACACACACACACACACACACACACACACACACGACCACACAAGGAGAUCCGGCCACGUCCAAGGCAGAGAAGGUUUCCCUUCCACGGGAUGGGUCUAAAAGGAAUAACUUCAUUCUAGAUACCAGCGGUCCCUCUGGGACCCGGGUCCGUUCUGGCUGAGCAAGCCCAGCUUCUAGGUUCUAGUGCCCCGUGCUGGGUCUAGGGCCGCUCUCUGCCCCGUCGACAGACUGCCCCAUGGCGGCGGGGGUCCUGUCAGCUCUCAGAUCCCUCACACACCCCCGCCUUACCCGCUUACCCCCCGACCCCCGCCUUCCCAACACUAAGCUCCCUUGUUGGUCUCCCCCUGCCCCUUGUCCUUCCAAAAUGCAGAACCUGCCUUUGUGCACAGUCAGGACAGAUGGACGCCAACUUGGGGCGGGGGCUUGUUGUCGGGAGCGAGAUUCCCAGAGCCCCGGGGAGCACGCGCGUCCUGCGGCUGCGACCCUGUGCCGGCAGCCCCCUCCCCGGAGCCACACGCAUAUACCCGGGGCCUGGGCGCCUUUAGAAGGCGGCUUCCUUCUCUGGUUGUCUCCUAGAUGAAGCGAGAGCUGGACUAACCGGCUGUGUCCAUGCACAAGCCCCUCCCUGUCUGGGAGAGCCCACCCGCAGGGCUGCUGAUCCAACACCCCCCACCCCCUGUGCACACACAGGCUCGCCUGGGACCCCGUCUGCGGGCAGAGCAGCCCGUCCCCCGUGGCUCAUGAGGCCGCCCAGCUCUGUGGGGUUUGAGGUGCCCCCAGGGGAACCUGGGCAGGUUGUCACUGAACACGAGGUCCAGUUUCCUGGGGUCUCUCCCACAUCCUGGCAAAAGGAAGCCGGGGGCAGGAUACGGGAGCCGCUGGGAGAGGAAUCGGGCCGGGGGCUUCGGCUCUCCUAGAACGUAAGGCAGAGACACAGACUUUUAGGGACCCACGGGGUUUUCUUGGGGAAGUCUCAUCCCUUAUCCAAGAGCCCCUCAUCUCCCCAGUAGGGUUAGGGACAGGGGCCCGUUGGUGGAUGUCCUGAGCGGGGAAGUUCAUCAGGAAAGCGUAAGGACGUGGCGCCUGCCGCGCAAAGACUGAGCUCUGAGCGAUGGUCCAUCUGAAAGUUGAGAUAGGUUCGGUGUUUAGCGAAUUGAGAUGUCUGGGAUGGGGGGGGCUGUCACAGCUGACCCCCUGAGCUGUGUAGUGAGAGAGGGGCGUAGGCGAGGCCCCGUUAGGAGUUUGGGCCCUUAUUAGUUUAUUCUGAGACGGCGAAGCCCUAGUCUAACCCGUACGGAGCUCUAACUGCCAGUGUUGGGUUCUAGAACAAACCCCAUAAAGUAGCCUUCCAACCCUCCCUGCUGGUCCCAGAAAAGACCCCGGAGCCAACUCUCCAGUGGGAGCGGAACGGAGAUAGAAAACAUAAGGACGCCGGCCCAAGCGGGAGGGGGGAGGGGGAGAGACUCCAGGACACUGUGCAGCCGCUGCGGGGGGAGAAGCAGGAUGGGGUAAGCUAGAGCCCCCUGACCUUUGGGGGGAGGGGGACGGAGAAGUGUGCCUUCUUGUAGCUUCCUAGUCUAACCAGUUUCCCUGGUUAACUAACCAAUGUCUAUGCUGUUGAAGGAGUGAAAAUGAUGUCAAAAUAUAAAUGUAUUGAAUUUUACAA